AUGCCCUCGGCCAGGUCCCUAGAAAACACACUCGCAGCGAAUAUGCAGAACGUCGCAUGGGGCACGACGCGUCGCGCAGAGUCCGACUUCCGCAGCGAUGUCAUAACAACCCCGUCAAUGGGCAUGCUAUCCGCCAUAGCGACAACCAGUCUCGGAGACGACGUGUUCCACGAAGACCAAGUCACCAACGAAUUCCAGUCACGGAUAGCAGCACAAUGCGGACUCGAGGCCGGCGCAUUCGUGAUUUCAGGGACGAUGGCGAACCAACUCGCCAUCCGGACUCUACUAACACAGCAGCCCUGCGGUGUCUUAGUCGACGCGCGCGCACAUGUAAUUCACUUUGAAGGAGGCGGGCUCGGGAUGAGCGGUGCUGCGAUUCAGACGGUGCGGCCGGCGAAUGGACGGUACAUGGUUUUGGAGGAUAUUAUAGCUCGGGCUGUUGUCACGGACGACUUGCAUAAAUGUCCGACGGCGGUUAUCAGUAUUGAGAAUACGGCUGGUGGCAGUGUCGUUCCAGUCGCAGAGCUGCGGCGGAUUAGCGAGUGGGCGCACAGUAAUGGGAUUCGGAUCCAUAUGGACGGGGCGCGGCUUUGGGAGGCGGUUGCGGCGGGGGGUGGGAGUUUGUAUGACUACUGUACACUCUGCGAUCUGGUCAGUUUGGAUUUUAGCAAGAACUUGGGGGCGCCUAUGGGUGCGAUGGUGCUUGGUUCGAACCAGCUUAUAGCACAGUUGCGCCGGCUACGAAAGAGCCUCGGCGGUGCAAUGCGGCAGUCAGGUCCGCUGGCAGCAGCAGCGCAGUUUGCAGUCGAUGAACAGUUUGGACUAGGGCCAUGGGGGAGUCGAAAUAAACUACAGGCUGUGCAUGCGCUUGCAAGGCAGGUCGGGGAGAUGUGGGUGAACUUGGGGGGACAGUUGCUGCGAGAGGUCGAAACGAAUCAAGUAUGGGUCAAUCUACAGCAGAUCGGCCUGACCACCGAGCAGUGGAAUGAGCUGGGGAGAAAGCAUGGAGUAAAGCUGGAUGGGAAGCGGAUUGUCCUUCAUCAUCAGAUCUGCACAGAUGCCAUCACGAGGCUGGGCCUUGUAUUUAGCGAAGCCCUGAGGGUGCGGGCGCGUAUAUGA